GGCUUAACAAGGAAGUGGCUCCCUUCAUUAAGCCUCCCUCCAGCCUCAGUCCCAACCUGAAGAGUCUACUCCCCUGGUGAAGUCUUAGCUCACAAGAGCCUUCUGAAACGAGAAGCCAGGAAGACUCGGUGAAAGUCUCCUCCUUAAGUUUUGUGGACAGAGACAGAGGUGUAGAACCAUCCUUACUGCCACCUGACCCGAAGCAGGAGAGACCGGUGACAGCUUGGAGACCAGGUAACACCAGGAGGCACCAGUCUCGCGCGCAGCCUUCCCAGCAGGACACAGUGGGGACUUCAGCCCUGGUUCCGCUGAUGAGGUGAUCUAACCCGGGGGCCUCCAUGUGUACCACCAGCGCCUGUGACCUGGAGGACAUCCCCCUGGAUGACGAUGACCCAGACAGCAUGGAAUUCAAAAUCCUGGAGUUCUACGUCAAACACCAUGUCUUCAAGAACACCUCUGCUGUCCUCUCACCAAAGCCCCUGAGAACAAGAAGUUUGUCCCAGAGAGGACCGGGGCCAGCAAUCGAGGCCUGGGCUCAGGGGCCAUGGCCGUGCAGUAAUUCCCAAUCCAGCGAGAAGGCCGUACACCUUGCCAAGAAGAAGUCGUCUUGGAGAACACUCUUCGGAGUAGUGGAGAAGGAGGAUGAUUCACAGAGCUCACCUCCGGAGAUCCGUGCUCAGGGGCAAAGGGCCGGCAAACCUCAGAGCGGUCCCCGUAGUCAUCAGCGGCCUCUGCCCCUCUCUACAGCGGAACGGCGCUUAGAGCACCAAGCUGUGGACCCCAAAGUCGUUUCCAUCGCCAACCGAGUUGCUGAAAUUGUUUACUCCUGGCCGCCACCAGAAGAGCAGCACAACCUCUUAAAGGGAGGAGGCUUCCAGUCCACGGGGACUGUCGUACGACAGGGUCUCCGGUUCCAGGGCCCCCAGCCUAAAGCCACAAGUGCGAAGAAAGAUGGAGAAGACCAAACUAUAGCCAAAAUCGUUGAGCUGCUGAAAUAUUCAGGGGAUCAAUUGGAAAGAGAGCUGAAGAAAGACAAGGCUUUGAUGAACAGCUUCCAGGAUGGGCUGACCUACCCUGUUUUCAAGACCAUCACAGACCAGUUCCUAAGGGGUGUGGACACCAGAGGAGAAUCAGAGGUCAAAGUUCACAGCUUUAAGGCUGCUCUUGCAAUAGACGCCAUGUCCAAGCUCACAGCUGUCGACAACCACCCCAUGAACAAGGUGCUGGGCUUUGGAGCCAAGUACCUGAAAGAGAACUUCACGCCCUGGAUCCAGCAGCACGGUGGAUGGGAAAAAGUACUUGGGGUAUCAGACAAAGAAGUAGAGAGGAGAUCACAUGAAGAAGUAGACUGAAGCAUCAGAGGAUCUGUGACCUGGGAUACCCACGGUCCAGCUCUGGCCUCGUGUGCAGCAGUCUCAGCACAGACGACGGGAGAGAACAAAAAUGUACAAGCCAGGUGGAGCAUCAAAGCCUGCACAACCGUUCUUCCUGUCAACCCAGAGGCAUCAGGAGAGGCCUGGCCGUCCCUAGCCGCAGAAGGUAGAAGCGUGGCCCUUGACACGCAUGUUUUCAGGUCCUCCACUGAGUACGUGAGGAAGUCUAGAAAGACCAGUGGUGAUUUUCCCUUCAGAGGCUUACAACAGAAACCACCCUCCUGCCUCUGCUGGCCACUUGAGGGAAGUACGUGACGGAUACUCGUUGACCUCACGAGGGUGAAAUGAUAAAAUGGUGCAUGUGCUUACUACUCUUUGGGUUCUAGUACUAUUUAUUUUUUAAACUUCACUUGGGAUGGCCCAGUAACGACAUUGUUUCAAGCCUACCUUUAGGACGGCGUGGCUGUUCGCAUUGGUAGAUACUGCUCAUAGAGAUACUGCCAUAGCUACCUUUUGGACUCAGUCUCUUGGAGAAUUCUCUGGCUGUUUGUAAAAUCUUCCAUCUGGCAGAAAACAAUUACUCCCGCCACCAUCUCACUGACCCCGUCUCUACUUCUCAAGGUUCCUGGGACUUUUUGUUUGUUUGUUUUUUGAGGUAGUGUAAUGAUUAGUAGUUGGUAAAAUAAAUAAUGCGGAAAGACAACUGUCAAAAGAAUACAUUUAUGCUUAAAAUAAGCAGUAAAUAAGAGUCUAAGGUUUCUCUGAGGAUCCUGUAAGUUAACUGAUAGCAGGUGCUUAGAACAGAGCUCAGUAUUUAGUGCUAUGUGCACUAUUAUGUGCUGCCCUCAGCUAAGCUGAAAAGCUCCUCUCCUCUCAAAGCAGUCACUGAUUUUUUUUCUGAAAUAGAUACUGUUCAGAAUGAGGUUUUUUAAGUAAGUGAAGUAUGUUUCAUACUAAGUAUUUAAGACACAAAACAAAUUUUUUUAAUACUAUCAAAUUAUAGGGUCUCACAAAUGUCUGCAUCCCCAGCUCCCAGCACGUAGCCUGGUGUAAAACAGGUGUCUAAUAGAUCUUGAUGAACAAAUAAAUGAAUGCGUUAAUCAGACACACUUUCAGCUUCAAGGGAAACUUGGAGCUUUCUAUUAUCACGUGAUUCACUGCUCUACCCAUCUGAAUUAAAACGAGUUACUCUCUUUCACUUUCUUCCCCCACACUGAAACUCACAAAUUUUCAGGAUAAAGGAGUUCCCUUUUACAGAUGGAGACACAGGAGACCACCUCUUCUCUAUUCCAAACUAUUUGCGGUUCCCCAAAUG